AUGCACGACAACGGCGGCCAGUUCCCGCUGCCCGACGGCUACUUCCCCGAGAUCCGUCUGACGUCGGGUGAGAUCAAGAACUACGAGGCGCAGAUGAACGAGAUCGUCAAGAACGCGCUGGCGGAGUACGAGCUGCACGAGGCCAAGGGCGCGUACCCCGUCUACCGAGCCCCGUGGCACGUCGUGGGCAAGGUGGAGGGCCUCACCACCAUCAAGAAGGAGACCCCCGACAGCCCCACGUCGAGCCAGGCGCGCAUCUUCGGCCGCAUCAACGGCGACUACCGGCACUUCAUCGACUUCUUCUACGCCGAGACGUCGGCCGAGCUCUUCGCGUGGAACCAGUUCAUGUUCGGCUACGCCACGGACGCGGCCGUGCUCAAGAACAUCCAUACGGUGGCGUCCAAGCACAAAUGUCUGUACAUGGGCAUCAAGUGGACGUGUCUGAACCCGUCCUCGCUCGUCAAGAAGCGCGACAACUGCUACAUGGAGUACCUCAUCUACACGAAGGACCUGCGCGGACGCGACGUGGGCGUGCGCGUCACGCUGCCGCUUGAUAUUCCAGAGUGCCCCGACCUGCCCAAGAAGCUCAAGACGAAGCGCAUCCGACUCAAUACCGUUUGGAUCUCGCGACCGGCCGACGGCGAGCCCAACGUGACCGAGUUCUUCAUGCUGUCCCAGAACAACUUCAACGGCCUGGCAGUCACCGCCAACUACUACAAGCGCAUGAUGAACAUCCUCAUGAACAUGGCCGUGUUUGUGGACUCGCGCCGUAUCCUGAUGCAGGGCGUGGUGGACAAGAAAGACUGGGCCAAGUCCAAGUCACGCAAGGGCUGCAGCGUCUGCGCCCGCAAGUUCGGACCCACACGCAGACGCCACCACUGCCGCCUGUGCGGAGACCUCAUUUGCCGGCGGUGUGCUAUCGUGCGGGACGCCCCCAAGGAGGACAAUGGAGACGACGCGGGCUGCAACCGGACAUUCGAGAUCGUCAAGACGAAGUUCUGCGUGCUGUGCGUUACGAUGAUGCGCGAGUCGCGCAGCAACGUGCUCGUCCCGGUGCCCGCGCCGAGCGGCAAGCUGUCGGUCGUCGACUGCGUGGACGUGGAUCUCGACGAGUUCCGGCAGUCGACCAUCUCCGAGACGGAGUCUGAGGGCGGCCACAUCUCCUUCUUCUCCGAGACCGGGAGCAGCGAAGGGCGGUCGACUUCAACCUCGUCGAUGUCCUCGAGCCUGGGCAAGAUGUCGUUCGUGUCCAAGCUGGACGUCAUUGAUGACGAGGCGGUGACAAUUCUGGCGGACCCGAGAAUGACCGCGAGCGAGCUCAUUGAGGAGGAGGUCACUGAGGUUAUCGACACUACGGACAUGGUCCCGGUCUCUCUGCUCGGGUCUUCUGGCAAGUACAGCGCUACCCGGACGAGCUCGCCCAGCAAAGACGCAGACAGCGGCAAGACGAGCUCGGGGUGGUCUCCGCUGAGCUCCAAGACGUCGCCCCGGUCCCUCGACCAGUGCCUGGCCGAGCAGGAGGAACUGCUGCGACGCAUGAUGCUUUCGGCCAGCGGCGGCCUGCAACGCCAAAACAGCGCGAACCCAGGAAGCGGGAGCUUGGGUAGCAGCGGGUGCAAUCCGCAGUCGACGAGGUCGCGCCCCGACAUUACUCUCUAUGAGGGCUAG